UAAAACAACUCGUCUUUUCCAGCCGCAGCGUGAAGUAAGGAGCAUCAGUACUCUGCUGAUUUUAUAUAUUUUUAAAUAGUAUUUUAUUAUAGUCUUUUUAUAGUAUAUCCCGUUCAACGCGUUUUUAUAUGGAACCAUAUCCUAUGAAUGGUCUUUCUCGAGUUUUAAUGUAUCCUUGGAUAGAUACCAAUUCUUGGACCUACCUUUGACAUGGGACAUGGAAGUGUGAGUUAAAGACAACUUUAAGCUUUAAAAAUGACCAUCUUUUGCCACAUACUCGGAUUGUAGUUCCUCAGAUCGCUUCCCUUUUUAAUGCUGGAAAAAAAAAUCCCAGUUGGGAAAAAUCAAGCUCACACUCAAGCAGGAGAUAAACAUCACUCCAAAUGGAGUCUGGUUUGGUUGGAAUCGUUGGCAGUGAUUAAAACCGUGACAGUAUGAUGAAUCUGCAGAUUCCAUGCUUAGUGAGCAAUCAAAAAAAGAAGGCUUGUUAAUCCAGUGUUUAACAGAAUGAGGAGAAUCCAUGUUAAAGGAGAUGUGUUUUGCACCCUCAUCUUGCUGGUACUAAUCUGCAUACUGUGGUAUGCUCACCAGAGUUUAACACCAAUCUGGGAGGUGGUUCGUAUUGAACAUGGUUCUAGCAGUUCUCGAGCACUUCUUGGAGCACCCACAAAAGGAAACCCGCCUCCAUCUCAAACGUCUAAUUUGCUUCAUUGUCAUCAGGAGCCAACACACCAGGCACAAACCAAAUCUAAACCACAGGCUAAAUUAAAAUCUCCAAAAGGCAAAGCUAAAUUUAAGACAAAAAGUGGGAAGAAAAAGCCCACAGUGAAAACUACCACUGCACCCACUCGUCCUCAGUUUGACUUCAAGGAAUACCUCAGAAGGAAAGACCAGCGGGAGUUCAACAUGCUCAUUGACCAGCCAGAGAAAUGUAAAGGGCCUAAAGGUGCACCAUAUUUGCUGAUUGCCAUCAAAUCAGUAGCAGUAGAUUUUGAUAAGCGACAGGUCGUGCGACGCACAUGGGGCAAAGAAGGCGAAGCCCAGAAAGGAAUAAACAUUAUUACCGUUUUCCUUCUUGGUGUGCCCCAGAACGUUACAGCGCUUCCUUUGUGGGACCGGUUAUUGGCAUACGAGAGCCAUGCAUUCAAGGACAUUCUGCUUUGGGACUUUGAGGACACGUUCUUCAAUCUGACUCUUAAAGAAACCCACUUCCUCCGGUGGGUCAACUCGAGCUGUUCAAACAUCAAGUUCAUUUUCAAAGGCGACGUGGACGUCUAUGUGAACAUCGAGAACAUUCUGGAAAUGCUUGCAGGCCGGCAGGCUGAUGAGGAUCUUUUUGUUGGGGACAUCAUCUUUCAUGCAAAACCAAUUCGCAGACGUGACAGUAAAUAUUUUGUGCCCGAAUUUAUAUAUGGCCAGGGGAUCUAUCCUUCAUAUGCAGGAGGCGGAGGAUUCGUCAUGUCAGGCCACACUGCUCUUAGGCUGCAUGCAGCCUGCAAGGAAGUGGAACUCUUCCCUAUUGACGAUGUCUUUCUGGGAAUGUGUCUGCUCAGGAUCGGUCUUAAGCCAAGCCGACACGAAGGCUUCCGUACCUUUGGAAUUGUGCGUCCUUCAGCCGCACCGCACCUGCAGGUGUUUGACCCAUGUUUCUACCGUGAGUUAAUGGUGGUGCACAGCCUAAAUGUGCCACAAAUCUGGCUUAUGUGGAACCUCCUACAUGACCCUAGUGUGCGCUGUCAUACUAAUCACGCUCAUACGGCUGAACCCUUUAAAUGGACAAAAAACACACACAAACAAGCUAAGACUGAGGAUUCUGUUGAAGCUGACUAUGACAUGCAAGUGUUUGUGAAGCACUGAGAAGUUCAUGCUGUGAAAGGACAAAGACUUGAAUGUAAAAGGGUUGGACCAUUUCAGCUCAGAGAUGAUGUUUGAUGUUAAUAUGAUUACCCUUGCUACUGAUGGCACUGUUACAAUCUAUAACGGCAAACUGUGGAGGCCAAGGACAUAUGCAUGAACCCUUUCUAGAGACAGUAAAGCCCAAGGGAGCACAUCCAAUUUAGCCUCAUCAUAAUGACAAGAAUGUGGAAUAUAGUACAUACUCAAAUGAUCACAUAGCUCAGUUAUUCCAAAUUAGCAUGUUUCUAUUUCCCAUCUUUUUAACGUUGUUGAAAUCAUCUGCUGUUUAUUGUUUGGUAAACAGUCGUCUUUAUAAAAGUUUUACUGAAGUGUAA